GUCAGCAUCUUCAGUGCAAACGUUAAUAUGAAGUGAAAUUAUUUUGGAUAUUGUGUGAUUAUUACUUCUGUGGAAUUGAAUUGUACUAUUGUGGGGUGUGUGUGGGGGGGGUCAAAGGCGAUUGACUGGGACACUACUCCAGAGGACAUAGUUCAAAAUGGCACUAUUAUUUACUUGUAUUCGAUUGUGUUCAUAUAAAUUAUCACAUUAUGGCUAUCGAAUUAUGAACCCACCGAGAAUUAAUCAUGCAUUAUUACAAUUAUGUCUUAGUAGUAGUACAACCACCUCGAGUAAAUUUCAAAAAAAGCCAUUUCAAUUAGUAUCUUUAAUCCAUGAAUCUUAUGCUACAGAAGAAGCUUGGAAUUCAACUAUCCCACCAGCUCCAGAGUCAAAUCCUUCAGCGUGUUGUUCAUGGUCUGAAUUAUUCACUAGACCUAAUUUACAACCGAUUAUUGUUGAUGUACGCAGUCCAAAAGAAUUCGCUGAAGAUCAUAUACACGGUGCAAUAAAUGUGCCAGUGUUAAAUGAUGAAGAAAGGGAGUUUGUUGGUGGUUUAUAUUCUCAAGGUGAUCUUGUUCGUGCUCGUCUGCAUGGUGCAUCUUUAGUUUGUGCAAAUAUUAGUCGGUGUUUAAAACAACUUGCUGACGAGUAUGAAUCACAUCUGAAUACUUCAUCUAACUCUAUUCAUCAUCACCAUCAAAUCAUCAAUGGAAGGCGGAGAACUAUUUUUCCAAAUUUUUUGAUUUAUUGUUGGCGUGGUGGUCAACGAUCAGCUUCACUAGCGACAAUAUUAUCUGAAACUGGUUGGCCGGGUAAUAUUUAUGUUCUUGUCGGUGGAUAUCGUUCAUGGCGUCGACUUCUAUUACGCCAAUUAGAUGCUUGGCCACGUUGGUCUAUGCCUAAUCCAUUUUGGAUAAUUUCUGGUCUAACAGGUUCCGGAAAGUCUUUAAUUCUUCAAGAAUUAAAUGAAUGUGGUGAGAUUGUAUUAGAUUUAGAGGCAAUCGCUAUGCAUAAAGGUUCAAUGUUUGGAAGUCUUGAAGUGGCUAGUCUUCAAGUAACAGACGACAGCAACAACGAUGACAAUAAUAAUAACAGUAAUAAUAAUAAUAAUAAUGCUUCCAUCCAUUCUAUUACACAAAAAAGAUUUCAAUCACGCCUCCAUCAAGCAUUAAUGAUAACUAAGCAUAAACUUACAUCGCCGAAGAAUAUUUUAUGGAUUGAGUGUGAAUCACGACAUAUUGGACCGUUGUGUAAUUUACCGGAUAGUCUGUGGACAAGAAUGCGAUCAACUGAUCCACAGGUUGGUACACAUCGUGUAUGGAUUGAUGUAAGCGAGGAGGCGAGAAUUGCUUGGAUUUUAGAGAAUUAUGCUUCAGUUAUUCAAAAUAUUCCUCAAGUAUUACAUAUUUUGAAAAUGUUAGAAAAAUAUCAACCGAAAAAGUUAAUUAAUCAAUGGAUUAAAAUGUUCAAUUGUGGUGAUUACACUGGUCUUGUUAGCGGAUUAAUUCGACAUCAUUAUGAUCCAUUGUAUAGAAAAAAUUUACAUCAAACAAUUCAGAAUGCUAAGUCCUCUGGUCUAUUUCAUUCUCUGCAUUUGGACAGUGUUGACAAAUCAACUAUACAGAAGAAGUUGAUACCUCAGUUGCUGGAUUUAGCCUAUUCAACACCGACGACAGCAACAACAACAACAGCUAGUGCAGCUGACCCUCAUAGCCAUCGCCAUCAUCAUCGUGAUGAUGAUAAUUCUGUAAAUGAUUGUCGAAGUAUUGCAGGCAUUUAAAUCUGUUUUUGUGUCUGCGUGUGUGUGUGUGUGUGGAUGUAUAGUAGCUUGAUCUCCUUUUCAUCACGUUACGUCAUACUGUGAUAGUAUCUAGUUACAUACAUACAUACAUACACUGUAUUUCUGUUAGCUGUACAGUUAGUACUGCAUAGACAGUUUUCGCACUUCUACCCUCCUCUCUAUUAUGUGCAGUAGAAUCGAUUUCUGUGCAUAUCACGUAAUCGUAGUAGUGAUUGUGAAUCCUUGUGUGUAUAUAUGUAAUUAAUUCAGCUAGUGUUGUGUUAUGUUGGAAAAACGAUGUGAAAAAAAUAAAAAUAAAAACAAUGAAAUUGAUUUUUCUCUCCUUUAUUCUCUUUUGUUUGAAGAAUCAUAAUGUCAGUUUGUAUGCUUGAUAUUUAUUAUUAUUAUUUAUUAUUGGGUUCCUAGUGGAACAUAGGGCUUCGACUGCACGUCUCCACUUGCCA